AUGAUUCGGAAUCCAAAUCUCGAAAACUUUGUUUGUUGUGCAGUGUGUAAUAAAAUAAUACCACCACCACCUACUGGGGAAACUUUAGAACGGAUCCAUGAAUACAAACCAUUUAAAACAAGGUUUUAUACUCAUAAGGAUAUACUAGAUAUUGGGAUUGAAAUUCAUCAAAAGGAAGAAAAAAUCCAUCAUGAUAAACUGGAAGAACUUCUUAAAGUGGCACAGGAUGAAGUAUGGGCAAAGGCUGAGCUCGUAACGGAGGAAGCAGUGAAAAAAGCUGUCCAGAAAGUCCAUGCUAAACACCUGGAAGAAAUAGAAAGUUUAAAGGAAGCACAUGAAAACGAAUUGAAGGAAACAGUGAAACUCACCAAGCAAGAGAUGAGAGAGAUCAUGGAAGAGGAAAUGAAGAGAGAAAACAAGGCUGCUGAACAGCGCAUGGUCCAUCGAAUCCAGAAGAUCCUGAAGGAGUGCCAUGAUGAAAAGCUCCGAGAUAUAGAAAAAGUCAGAGCUGAAGAACAACAAAUAGCUAUUGAACUACUGAAUAACCAGAUGAGGAAGAAUGAGGAGAAAAUUGUGGAAUUUGGGAUUCUCUCUCAUCAGAAACUUGAAAAAAAUGUAAAAGAAGUGGCCAGAGCCACGGAGUACCAGCUGAGCAUUGCUUUUAACCUCAGCCAAAAAAAGAAGGAAGAAGAAGCUGACGAAGUGCUGAAGGAACUGGAGAACCUUCACAAGGCUGCCAUCAAACAAGUUUCCAAAAAGCUGACCCUCACUGAAGGCCAGUUGCAGGAGAAGACUGAGCAGCUGGAGAACAUGACCCACUGGAAGGACUUCCUAGAGGAGGAGCUCCUGGAGACCCGGGAGGCAUUUCAGAAAUACAUCAAUUCUACGUUUCCUAUGCUUGCACCAGGGCAGGCAGAUUUUAUUCUACCCCUAAGAAAGAAACCACCCAGUGAAAUAGAAGAAUACAUCGAAGCCAGUGUCAAACAACAAUUCAGUCAAGAUUGCCCUGAAAAGCCAAUUGUUGUUCUGGACACCCAAUAAAUUCAUUCGAUGAGCCUUCCUCUGGUACCUCUUAGGUUAGGCAACCAAGUGACCCAAUACUUGUAGCAGUAGACUUGGAAUCAGGAAGACCUGAUUUCAGAGGCUGCCCCAGCAGCCAUCUGCUAGAGGUUAGACCCUGGUCAGUCAUUCAACAAGCAUCUAUUAAAUACCUACUGUGUGCCAAGCACUGUGGUAAGCAUUGGAGGUAACAAAGAAAGGGAAGAAAACAGUCCCUGUCUUAGAGGAAGGUACAUUCUAAUCAAGGAGGCAACAUGGAAAUAACUAGAUAAUGUGUAAGAUGUAUACAGAAUAGAUGGUGGUAAUCUUAAAGGAGGAAAGCAUUAAUAGGUCAGAGGACUGUUUAAGGCCUCCUGUAGAAGGUGGGAUUUGAGCCUCUGAGCCUUGAAAAAAGUGUAAGGAUAAGUGAGGGUUAAAUCAUAACAUAGCACAGUUUUAGGGAGUAGUUUUGUCUAAUUCCUCUGCUACUUUUAGGAACAGGUGCACAUACUUGAAUCAAAAGUAAACAGAUUGUUCUGUUAAUGUUAUGUCAACAUUAUUGAUGCCCCUAGGUCAUGAUAAACUUACCAGUGACGAAAUAAUGGGAAGUAGUUAUAUUGAGAUAAGUUCUGGGAAAUCGUUGUAUUCAAAGAAGUUCUAAGAAAUUGGGGUAUUAUGCACAAGUUGUUUUAGACACCUACAGAAGCUAUUCUUUUAUCUGUAUUUUUUUUUUAAAGAGCAUUGUUUUGGAUUGUCAUCUCUUCCACAAACUACCUAUAUGCACGAAUAGUCUCUGGAUGCUCCUAUUUUCCUCUUUCCAUAAACUCUCUAUUAUUUCAAAGACUGUCUCCACAUUGGUUCAUUUCAACCUAAAAGAAAAAGAUGGAGGUAAAGGGUCAGAGCAUUCCAGGCAUAAUCACACUGAGCUGAAAGGGUGUUGAAUACAGGGUUGGCAAUAGACCCUGUGUGUCACCAUAGAACAAGCCUGGCUAAUUAUGGGGAAGUUUGUCUCCAGAGGGUUGGUUACCAAGUGAUUAGAGAAAGGGAAAGUAAGGGAAUAAGCAUUUAUAUAAUGCCUACUAUGUGCCAGGCAAUGUGCUAAAUGCUUUACAAAUAUUAUCUCAAUUAAUUAGUCUGGUCACUACUGUCGAAAAUUAAAUAUAGUUUUAUUGCCUGUCUCCUACAAAAAAUAAA